AUGUCUUGGUCGCAUUCACCUUCAAAGUCUCAAGUUAAGAGUCCUCAGAAAUCUCCUAUAAUUCCCCCAAACUGUCCUCCGAAUCUUGUUAAACAAAUGGAGCAAAGUAUAUGCUACAAUUGUCGCCAAAGUGGACACUGGUCUUGGUACUGUCCCUCCAAAUCCCCCAAUCUAAAUCGCGUUUCACCCUCUCCCAAUCAGGGUUCCCCAGUUUCUUCCAACACUAUACAGUGCCGUUGUGGCCAUGGCCCCUGCGAAAUCAAACCCGCACGUUGUGGAAGGAACUUCUAUGCCUGCCCCAUAAAAAAUGGGGUAAAAUGUACGAAUUUUGUAAAGUGGUGCGAUGAUCCUGUUUCUGAGUUAGAUUUGCAGCCUCCACUGAUCAAGUAUCCUGAGUGUGCAUGUAAGGCUGGAGUGUGUAGAAGGGUUAAGGGUACAGAGGUAGAUGGUGCUUUUAAGUACUAUUUUACUUGCCCUAUUAAAGAGGGUCAUGGAUCUUGUGGAUAUCGUGUGUGGGAGGAUGAAAUUAAAUUGCUUGACAGCAAAAGCAUUGUUCCUACCCAGCAAAGCAGGCAAAUGACUCUUCAUGAGUUUUGGGAGGGAUGCAAAAAAGAUGAUGAGCUGGGUAGUGAACUCAGUAAAAGGAGGAGAACUACGGUCUCUUCUGAGGAUCCCUCGGCUGUGCUCGAGAUUCCAGACAAAGAAGAUGCAGGUGCAGCAUUAACUGUAGCAAAUUCGAAACGCGAUGAUUUUCCAGAUUUGGUGGUUGAUGAUGCUGAUUUCGAGCUUACAAAUUCGGUAUCAUGUGAGACUAAUAAGGCAGAUGCAGUUCUCUCAUUAUCUCGUCUAUCAACACCUUUAAGGAUCCGUUGGCGACAAAUUAUGUUUGAGAGGCGCAUUUUCUCUGAUUCUUCAUUGGGCAUUUUCCCAUCCUAUAAUCCAAUCAUUGUCGGUAAACAGACGAAUGUUCCUGAUGGUCCUUGCAACAAGCUUGCUAUCAAAAGUGUUGGUCAUCAACAUACCCAACUUUCAACUGGUUGCCGUACUGACGUUUCAGGACAUGUUGCUAGUUCCAGUAAACUACAAGAUGGUGAACGAAAGUCAAAGGCAUCAAGCCAUAGAGAAGUGAUUUUGUUUACACAGCAACGACUUCUUCUUGAUGCUCUAGAGACCUUGGCUCCUCAUGAGCAUGAGUCCAUGAAAGAGGCAGCAGAGACCACUUUUGAAAUAUUAAAUGUUUUAGGGAUUGACUAUAAACAGUUUUCUGAUCAUGUCUUGGACUAUAUAAAUUUUGCAUCAUCAUUUGCAGAAAUAGAUAAAUCCAUGGAAAAUUCCCUUACUAUGGAGGAUCUCAUCAAACUCUUUGAGGAGGAGAAAAGGAGGUUUGCUCAACUCCAACACGAACAUGUCAAGACCAAAGCUUUGCUUGAAACAUCAAAACGGCAUAGGCAGUUGCUUUGUGAACAGGUCUCUAAUCUGAAGGCCAUGCUUAAUGAAAAACAAAAUCAAUUAAAAUUUUGUGAGUUGGAGACCUUGAAGGUAGAAACUUGCCUUGGUGAUUUGGAAAGGACUAUAUUGGAGACUGAUAUAAAGCUGAAGGAAAGAGCUGAGCAAGUAGAAGUGUCAAGAAAACAAAGUGAGGAAAGACAAGCAAUGCAAAUUGCAACUCAGGAAGCACUGCAUAAGGCAAAACUUGAUUUGGAAAAUUGA